UGAAUUAGUAAUAUAAACUCGAUUAAUUCCUCCAUGAUGUGAAGCUUCUCGAUCCCCGCCGGGAAGCACACGGAGCCAUACAUUUAAUUUCACACGGUUAGAGUGCGUGGGUGGGGUCCACCAUAUGACACGACAAAAAUUCCAAUUCCAAACCAUGAAAGGAGAAGAAGCAAAGCAGCAAUCAGAAAGCCGAAGACCUUGAAGUCAAUUCCGUACAAUUCUGUUGUUUUUAAUCUUUCUGAAAGAAAAACCAAAACCAAAUUCUGUCACAGCAACUCAACACUUGACAGAAACAUACACAGACAGUUCAAUUAAUCCAAUCAAAAAAUUGUAACAUUCUCACUUCAUGAAAUGAGAGAGAGAUGAUCGUCAUCAGCAGAGCAGCAGAAGACGACUUGUCAGUGCCAGUGGGGUUCAGAUUUCAUCCCACAGAUGAAGAACUGGUGACCCACUACUUGAAGAAGAAGCUGAAGGGCAUGGAUUCCCAUGUCAGCAACAUCAUCCGAGAAAUUGAUAUCUUAAAGUUCGAGCCUUGGGAUUUACCUAAGAGUUCGUUGCUGAAGUCGGAUGAUGAGAAUUGGUUCUUCUUCAGUCGACCAGAGUACAACAAGCACAAAAAAAACAGGACCACGCAGGAAGGCUUUUGGAAGAUCACAGGCAGAGAACAUGCGAUCAAGGCUCGAGACAACAGAAGUGUCAUCGGUAGAAAGAGGAUUCUGACCUUUUACAGAGGUCGUGUUCGUAAUUCCGAAAGGACCAACUGGGUCAUGCAUGAGUAUUAUAUCCCUGAUGACAAUCCUAAUGCUCAGAGGGACUUCGUUCUCUGUCGCUUAAAGAAAAAUGUGAAAAGAUCAGAUGAGAAUACUGAUGUUGCAGCAACCUGUGAUGAAGGUGAAACUCACAACGCAUCUGAUGUCGAAAAUCAACCGGUAAAUGACAUGAAUAUGGAAGAUACUUGGCCACCAGAAAAUCUGGACUAUUUUGAGCGGGCAAGGGAUCUUUUGCUUGCAAGUUCCCCUAGUAAUAAUGAUCACAAUGCGUUUCAACCUGCAUUUUCAGCUCAUGACCAGGAGGCUAAUUUUGAAGAUUUCUUAAGAACGCUUAUUGUUGAACCACAAUUUGGAGUAAUCAGUGACAGAGACAGGGAACCAGUCCAUCACCGGGUCCAGAGUUUACAAAUGCGUUGUGAACCACAAAUACCGUAUGAACUACUACAAUGUGGUUCGAGCCAGUCCAGACGAGAUACAGAUGUUAUACUUCAUAACCAGUUAUCCAGACAGGCUUCUUCCUCUGUCAAUGUAGCAUCCAAACCUGGUACAUAUCAAAGAGAACACAGACCACAACAGCAAUCAGGUCCCAUCAUUGUCUUUAGGGAUACUUCCGCUGACGAAUAUUAUACAAGGGAAAAAACACGCAGAAUAACAUAUCCACCAGAAAAGCCCAAAGAACCUGAAAAACCUAAACCUGCAGCAGAAAAGCCCAAAGUACCUCCAUAUCCUCGAACUGCCGCUGAUUUUCCCCAGAAGCAGAUCUCUAUAACAAAGUCUAGCAUAGACAAGAAGGUGCCUCAAGGCAGUAUGGAGCAGACACAGAAUAGAACAACCCCCAGAAAUUGGAAGGGUUCCUUCAUUACCUGGCAAACAUCCCCGUUGACAAGCCCCCCAUCAGUCUACAUUUUCAACACGGUUCUAGGCGCGAUUUUGUUCUUGUUUUGUGUCCGGGAAGUAGUUUUAUAUGGGGAGUGGUGCUAAACUCACUCACCAGAAAAUAGUUCAUUCUUGUUCUCUAUGUUCUGUUACACAUUGAGUAAUGCCAGUCUUACUAGGUACUUAUUGUUUGGUAUAAAAAUAUGCGCUAAUCUCAGCCAUGGCGAUGGCUUUGCAGUGAUGAAAUGUUCAUUUAUGCAUAUAGAGAUUAACAGUCUUUCUUUCUACUGACCAGAUGUAAGGAUGUAUUGAGAUCUUGAAUUGUGUUGCUGGAGUUUCUUAUAUAGCAGUGUUUGCGUUAUUAAGGUCUUGAAUUGUUGUUUGGAACCUUCAAUUGUUGAAGUUCAAAAAUAAAAAAAGACGAAAUGGGGUGAGAGAGAGGCUCGAACUCUCAACCUCAGGAUUACUCACUUUCCAAGCUAUGAGACCUACGUGCUAGCCAACUGCGCCGCCUUCCUGCGUGAAAUGUUCAGGCAGGGGGUGGGGUUCCGCGGAGGGGUGUUUGAUUCUUGAUGGGACAUUUUUAUUAUUAUUUAUUUUUAAUCUUUUUUUUCAAAGACCUAGAGAGGUAAUAACAUAUUAAACUCACACACUACACAAAUGUUAAGAUUCAAACCCAGAGAAGUAAUAACAUAUCACAUGGAGGAGCAAUUACUCUAGACCACUACACAAGUGAGACCUUUGCAAAGAAGUUGCAAGAAAUGCUAAUUAUGAAUACGCACUUGUUAUUUCCUCACGAUUCCAGUCUCUCUAUAGUAAGAUUGCAUCAGGUUUACAAAAUUUUGCAAUUUGUGGAAUCUUAUCAGAAUGAAAACAAACUAAACCCAUGCCCAUCAUACUCUGUGGUGACUGGAAUGGAAGUAAGCGUGGCCAUGUGUACAAAUUCCUUAGAUCUCAGGGGUUUGUAUCAACAUAUGAUACUGCUCAUCAAUAUACUGAUGCAGAUGCUCACAAGUGGGUUAGCCACCGCCAUCAUAAGGGAAACAUCUGUGGUGUCGACUUCAUUUGGCUUUGUAAUCCCAAUAAGUCAUGUAAACCACUAAAGACUAGUUGGUGUGAAGCUGUUUUUGGUAUAUUAAGGAGCCAGCUCUGAAAAGCUUCAAUGGCUGAAAAUGAUGCAUUUUCCUUUUAGAAGGGUGAUAGCAAUAGUGAUUUUAUUACAUCCUCUGCUUUCUGUGAAGCACUCCAUCAGGUUAAUUUAAUUGGUCAACCUUUGGGACUGGGUUUCCAGGAGACAAGGGAUCUCUGGAUCCAAGCAGAUGUUGAUUCAAACGGUGUUCUUGAUUAUGAAGAAUUUAAGAAUAGGAUCUGGAUAUCUACAGUGUCAGAGGAAAAGGAAAACCUUAAUGGAAGUAGAGAGGAGUCCAUACGAGGCACACAGGACGCCCUUGGAUUCAACGUGAAGAACGCAGUUGUGUACCCCCGUGAGGCGGAAAAGGGAAUAUGGCCUGAAGAUUGUACUCUUUCUGAUCAUGCCUGACUCUCCGUUGUACUCUCACCAGAAUGGAUGUGGUGUUCUCAGUCAUAAACCAUACUUAAAUUGUUGAUAAACAUAUAGUAGAGCAGAGAGGAAAAUUGCAUCUGUAGGGAAUGUGUAUAGCCAACAGAGAGACGUCCCUUCUGGGCUACUUGUGUUUGUGAAUUCAAUUUUCUGGAAGUAUGGCCUGGG